AUGGGUUGCUGCAGCCAAAAACUUUGGAUAAUCUGUUUAUCCGCCUCGGGAGUGGUUCUCCUUGUUCUUGGAUUAGCGUUUGGCGUUUGUGAGGUCUUCGAUAAGCUGAUCAACGAAAAUGUCGACAAGGUCAGUAUUUAUAAAAAAUGUUUUGAAAAAAUCUAAUUUAGAAAUUCCUCAUUUUUAAUAAAAACUUUGAAAGGAUCGAAAGGCUACUCCAUUACAUCAAAUUUCCUUGUUUUAUGCCAUAUCCAGUUUUGGUGGCUAAAUGUUUUUCAACAAGUACAUUUGACGAAAAAACAAGUACAACAAAUAAAAAAUAGAACACACAUGCAAAGCCGAUGAAAGAGAAGGCGUAGUAUCUGACAUCCCUAUCGUUUCAGUGAAGAAUACUAGUGAAGAUCUAGGCAAAUGUAGAAUCUAUACUAUCUCAGUUAAAACUAUCUUCAAGGGUUGAUGGGUAGUCUAAAAUUCGAAUCUAUUGUAAUACCUAAAUGUAAUAUUUCUUAGCAGUGAGUCAAGAAUUAAAAUCAUUACAUUAUCUCUAUCGUGAUACCGUUCUCGGGGUCUCGUAUCUUCAUCGUUUGUUUUAAUUCAGUGAAAUUUGUAAUACCCUUCGUCUCAUGAUAAUGUGUAAUCCUGUCACACACACACACAGGAAAAGACCCGUAAUUUUGGUGCGUCUCACAUGUUUGUAACAUGGCUAAGAAAACUAUUUUUUUCAGCCUUUUUUAGUGUCGUCACUAAAAACGGCUGUGUAGAAGACUACAAUAUGUGUGCCUUAGGGUGUAUAAAAAUUCUCUUUUUCCGAGAAGUUGAAACGUUUAUUUUACCCUGGAUAGUCAAGAACCAGCUGAAGAACGGGGUUCAGUUAUAAUACACAUCAACUAGCGAGCAAAGGCAGCAGGGGAUGAAGGAAGGAUGGGGGAGGGUGAAUCGAAUUGGAAGUGAUCGUGCACGCGAAUCGCUCGAGUCCUCUAAACUCUAAAUUGAGAAACUGUACGUGACGAAGAUGCUUGUAGCUUAAAACGAAUAAAAGAAAAACAGUGUGAAAAGGAAAAGCUUCAAAUUCAUCUUUUUUUCCCCUUACAAAUUAUCAUGAGUACAACUGAGAAAUAUUCCCGCGCGGUUUGUCAAAGCUAUAGAGAGAGCUCCAAGUCUUUAAAGUUCAAAGCAUACAUUUUACCUAAAAAUGUUUCUCUCGUUGUUUCUGUCCCAUUCUCCUCGCGGCUUCGUCGCCAUUUGCGGGCUGACAAACAAAACCUAGCCUUUUCCAGGCGUUUAGAUAGUAGAGCGCGGCUGCAAGUGGGGAGCGAGUUAAGUUGUACACCGGGAAAACGGGUGUUCUCCCCUCGUUGACCCCACCGUUGUAGUUGUACACCGGGUCUCCCCCCGUUUUUUUUUUCCUUCUUGAAUUUUCCUCCCGCGCUCUACUAUCUGAACGCCUGGAACAGGCUAAACAAAACCCGCCAGUUACACAGGUAAACUAGUUGACUACUGUGAAACCCCGCCUUACGGCCACCUCGGUAAUACGGUCACCUCGUUAUUACGGCCACUUUUUCUGGCCACCUGGCAAAAACCGCCACACAUUUUCUUGUAAAAAACCCUCGUUAAUACGGCCACCCCGUUAAUACCGCCAAUUUUUUUGGCCCAUUAGUGACCGUAUUAACUGGGUUCCACGGCUAGUACUAGUUUUCUUUUUCAGUUUUUCUGCCUAGGCUACUAUUUUGUCUGAGGAAAUGUUGAAAGACCAAAUAAUAUGAUGCAUUCUCACAGCUACACAGUCUACAAUUAGCUUGUAAUUUCGUUGUAAAGCAGUCACUGCAUCCUCUCUUAUCGCAUGUUAUCGUAUCUACCAUACUUUACAGGGGUUUUCCCACUUACUGAUCACUUUACCUGGGAAAAAAACCUUCAAAGAAAGCUAAAUAAGGAGUUUUGUUUUUGUUCUUGUUUUAGGAUGUGCAAUUAAAACCUGGCAGUUUAGUGUACAAAGAAUGGAUAAAGCCCUCUGUUCCUAUUUACAUGAAAUACUUUGUCUUUAACGUGACAAAUCCAGACGAAGUAAUGGAAGGCCUAGAAAUUCCUAAUGUGACACAGAUAGGACCUUAUUCGGACAGGUAUGGGGGACGAGACGAGACAAGCCCGGGGGGGGGGGGGGAGGUAAUCCCUUAUAUGGCCUAUACAGGGAUGUGAUGCUGGACGGGGUUUGGCUUUUGACCUCUCUGUCGUAAAAAGGGUAUAUAAUUUCGUGUGAGUCUGUGAACAGGGCAUUGCUAGCCUGGGACCGGGCUCUGCUGUGGGGUCAAAUAGGAAAAAUAUCGGCGAGUAAAGCCAUCCUUUCCCCUCCCCAGCUAGACUACCUCAGGCUAAGGUAUUGCCUGCUCGAUUGAUUUGAUUUGCUACGUGAAUUUUGUUUGCACUCAAAGUAUGUUACUGACAAUGACUGCUUCUUGAAUUUGCUCUAUUGUCAUAAAUAGCUUUAAAACAAGACGGCAUGCAUUUUUCCCUUUCUUCUAAACAGGGUAAUAAAAUUGAGGGCGUUUACCUAAACAGGUUAUGUCUUUUAGAAACUUCCUAAACAGGGUCCUUGUCCUAAACAGGGUCUCAGGGACUCAAAUCUUUAGCUGCUCACCUAUACCCAAUUAUACCACGUACCGUGCGGCACGAAACUUUUGCCGGUUUUAAUUUUUUGCGAUUUUUUCCUGCAAUCCGCAAAAAAAAGUCCCCAUCAAAUAUGUAUUUCUAUUGCACGUACUCGAUAAAAACGAAUCUUUUCAAUGCCGGGUACUGGGUACUUUCUGAAAAUCGCAAAAAUUAAUUCUCAGCAAGAAAAACCAAUCUGCCCUAAUCGCAAAAAUUAGUUCCCGCAAAACACAAAAAAUCGCCAAUUCGCAAAAAUAAGCUUCAGCAAAAAAUUUAGUGCCAGCACUCGGUAGGUCAAGUACCCGGCCCCCUGGGGGGAGACAAGCGCAUAUCCAAAUGUACCUCGAAAUUAAUAGACCCUUAAAAUGUACUUUGCAACUGCAAUUUUUUAACUCUCUUAUAAUUAUUCCAUUUCCAGAGAACUAAGAUCGAACGAGGUGCUCAACUUUAGCAGUGACCACCGCAUUGUAACAUUUAUGCCAAAUAGAACGUUCAUUUUUGAUCCAGAAACAUCAUGUGAUGGCUGUGAUGACAAGAACGACACAUUUGUUACUGUCAACAUACCACUGUUGGUAAGUCAGUUAAACGUACAUCUCGGGCUUGUGUUAAUUUUUCAAUUUUUUCAAGGGUAAAAAAAGCUAUUUAACAAUUCUGUAAUUGUAAGUAACAACAGGGCACUGCCUUGCAUGGGUCUAGGGUCCCGUUUGCACUUGCUCCUUUAGGGAUUCGCAAAUGUUUUUUUCAGAAUUAUCCUUGUAAUUGUAAUAAAUUAUUUAUAUUUUAUUUCUUUAAUUAUAUGCCUUCUUGUUAAUUCUCUCAUGACUGCCGUUUUGCCCCAAUAAAGUCUGAAUACCAGUGAAAGAUCCAGACCCUGAGAUAAGGGGGGGGGGGGCCCGGUCUCCAAAAAAAUUUUUUCGUCCCUUCGGGCCUAAUUUUGAUCGAAAAAUAAAGGGGGGGCCGGGCUCCCCAGGCCCCUCCCCUGGAUCCGCCACUGAAUACUAAGGGAGAGGCAAAAGGGGUAAAAUAAAAUAACGGCACACUCACGUUUAUUUCGGCGGUGUUCUUGGUCCUCAAUCAGUUCUUUUUCCUCAAGGUCGCUCCGCAAAGCCGCAAAGACAUAUUUUUUCUAGUCAGAAAUAAAUAUAUGAAAAUUUUUAUAGUGUUUAGACCACGUUUUGGUAAUCACUAAGCAUUAGCUUCAAAGCUUACAACGGUUCCAAAACGUUUCCAGCUCCAAGGAUCGUAGAAAUUCGAUAAGCUUGAUACAGUAUUUUCUGAACCUUCAAAGUUAAUCCGGUUCUAUUAAAAUUUUUCCAGCUCUGGCCAAAGUUAUAAAAUACCGGAUAGCUUUUGGUGCAGACACCAGCUAAGGUUGCCUGGCCUUAUGGGCAAUCCAUCGAUUGGAAGCGGAAAUAAGACGAGAACGAGGCCAAACGUUCCAAUCACUUGCACUUGCAGGAAAGCUUUGGCCUCGUUAUCGUCUUAUUUCCGCUUCCAACCCAUAAAUUGCCCAUAAGGCCAGGUAACGUAACCUUAGCUGGCCACAUUUCCUAGCAAUUGUUUCAAGUUGGAAGUAAUGGCUUUACGUGAUCCAAAAUGGCGACUCCCGAUGCUUAAAUUUUGCAAUCAGAAUCAGAUGAACUCUAAAGGUUUAAAGAAACUCAAGAGUGGUCAGUAACUAUAAGAAAAGGAACAAAAACAAUAACAACAACUCAUUAUGACUUGAUGACUGUACGAAAAAAAAAGGCUCCUUUAUGGAUUCGAAUAGGAAGGACUUCAACCUCGCUGAAGCCCCAGUCUCACUCGUACAAGCCUAAAUUUUUGAAGCAUCGCAUUGCUUUAAAUUGUGUAUAUAAUUAACUGCACGGAGCUCUUAACUUUUGAGUCUGCGAGCCGUGGAAUCCUAGUUUCUUUGGGAGAACAUGUGUAUGGUACUAUUUAUUUCGUAGGAUUUUAUAAAAGCGUGAUUGGAUUAAUUGUCUUAGACAAAUCCUCUUUCUAAUCCAUUUUUACUUUGGCCAAGGUAAUAUCUGAACUCUGUUUAAGUCAGGUUUCUUUUGUAGUUAGCUGGUGUUUUGCUUUUACGGAUAUCAACUACUUCUCUUUGAUUCCGUUCUCCGCCUUAAGACGGUAUUUAUCCAGAAUUUUACCUCAUUUUUCCUUGCUUUUCUUUCUGCAGACUUUGGCACUAAAAUUAAAAAAUACAGACUUACAGAACUACUCAACAUGCUUGCCAGCAGUACAGACGAUAGCGGACGCAUACCAAGUUAGACUGUUUCAAAGCAAGUCAGUUUAUGAUUUACUCUGGGGAUAUACUGACCCUAUCCUUAAUACAAUAGUAAAUGUUCAGAGUGAUCUAUGUCCCAGGAAUUCUUCAAAAGGGGUGUCAUCCUUCGUUCAGUUGCAGGUUAGAUCACUUUGAUAUGUACGUAAUGCUUGCAUAAAUUCUCUGUUAACGAACGACUGACAGUAAUUUUAAAGUGUUUCGCUAAGCUGCGAUGCAGACUAUCAGAGUUUUUUUCUUGGGCAGAGAUGGUUGGUAAUUGGAAAGAUGAACGGGAAGAUCCAGGUUGUAGAUAGAUAUAUUUUUGAGGAUUCUUUAUAGUGACUAUGUGACUUCUUUCCGAAUACAACCGCUCCCUUGUGCCACGUAAAAGAAUUUGCAAGUACGUCGAAAGGACCAAAGUAUCGUGUUAAAGAAUUCUCAAACGUUUAGGAUAUUUAGGAUAAUAGUGACUAUAUACGACCGCUUCGUUUUUAGCACAACAACACAUAUGAAGGCAUCAUUGCUAUGAAUACUGGACAGAAAAACAUCAGCAAGCUAGAACAGUUUAUCAUGUGGAGGGGACAAACGUAAGUAUGCCUCAUUUGGGGAGGAGGAUAAAACCGCAGUGAAUCGUUAGUCUUUAUUUAUCCGGUCAUCAUCAUCAUCAUCAUCAUCAUCAUCAUCAUCAUCAUCACCAUCAUCAUAAAAAGCACCGCCGCUGCCACCACCAGCACUAUCGCAAAAUCACUUUAACACAAAAUGUUACUCCACCCGUAUUCUGAAGAAAAUGGCAAGAAAGCUGUCCAAUGUUUUUUUGCAGGAUCUCAGUUAGGCUUGUUGUUUUGAGAUGUGAGGCCAUCACGGACUUCGCAAAAACUCGGGAUCUAAGUAUUCUUUUCAAAGUUGCUUCUGACAAUAAAAUUUUGGCCUUUUCUAUAGAGGCAGAAAGGAUCGCCGAGAUUUUUUCGUGAAAUACAACCUGUACAUACCUCAGAAUAUGCUGCAAUGAGUUUCUUGCUCUCUGAUUGGCUGUAUUCCGACUUUAUGGAAUGCGAUAACACAUCAUAUAAUAUUAAGGGCCUGUUUACAUGGAGGUGCGGGACCCCAGGUCGGUAAGGUAACCCGCUUAGGUGGGGUAACCCGCCUGUACAUAUAAUGAUUCGUUAUAAAAUUAAAACUUGAUCACGUUUACAUGAUAGGUGGGGUGACCCGCCUCAUGUUAUCUCACCUACCUGGGGUCCCCCACCUCCAUGUAAACAGGUCCUGAGUCUACUCAUAACGUUCUUGUUUACAGUCAUUUAACAUGGUGGAGUGACAAAUAUGCAAACAUGAUUAAUGGCACAGGUAUGUAAGCUGUAAAUUAUUGCUUGAAAACAAAAUGCUUAAAGAAAGGCUAUUUUGAUAUUCUAGCGUUAUCUAGAACAACUAAAGUAAACUGAAAAUGUUCAAAUCUCAGAGUUAGGACCUGUUUACAUGGAGGUGGGGGACCUCGGGUAGAUGAGGUAACCUGCUUAGGUGGGGUAACCCGCCUGUCCACAUAAUCUCUCAUUUUAAUUUGAUCACGUUUACAUGAUAGGUGGGGUGACCCGCCACAUGUUACCUCACCUAUCUGGGAUCCCCCACCUCCAUGUAACAGGCCUUAAGCUAAUUAGAGGCAAGCAACAACAAAGCCGCACAAAGCAAUCAACUACACUAAGAGCAUUUCAGAAAUACACUAAAACCCUGCUAUGUUAACAUCUUGUUAAGUGUGAAAAAUUAAUUUAUAUUAUUUAGUUGUUUGGCUAUGUGUUUUUGAAUACAUGGCAAUCGUGUUAGAUUUCUUUAUUAACUUUGCAGAUGGUACGCAGUUUGCGCCGAGAGUUUUGGAAAACGACAAAUUAUAUGUAUUCUCUCCCGAUAUCUGCAGGUGCGUUACUUAAGAUUCAUUUCUGAUAUAUUCUGAUUUAAAUGUAACAUGGUUCACCUCGAAUAUUUUACCUUUAAGUUAUAACUACGGUGUAGCCUUCCCAUUGCGGCGAUCGAUGUACUAAGAGAACUGUGAUGAGUCUGAGAAAGAAAACAAAUAGAUAAGUUGAACGCUAUGGUCAUUGAAAAGGAAAAAAAAAGACUGGGACUUUAUUCUAAACCGGGGGCAGGUAUUUUACAUAAUCCUGCGAUCCUUUUCACAAGUGUUAGAGUUUGCGCAUGCAGUUUUGCUUAAAUUUAUAACUCGAUGCCAAAUUUUCAAUUUCGUAGCUGAAUUGGGUGUCAUGUCUUCUACGAUCUUUUAUACGCUAUACAGUCAACGGAGCUGUUAGUUUAUCUACCAACAAUGCGUAAUUGUCUAUAUAACUCGGGGAGUAGUUUAACGUCAGUUUUUCGUGUAGUUUGUGCCAUGGUUAGUGUACUGUUGCUCAAAAAUUCGAAAAAGCGUAAGUGCUCUCUUUCGCACCGAGUGCUUAUUAUUUAAAAGAAAGUUAACAAACAAAUUAUCUUCUCUAAUUUUCCUCAGAUCUAUGUAUCUCACAUACGAAAAGACUGUGACCGUCAAGAACAUCAAACUUUACCGCUUUAUAGCACCAGAUAAAGGCUACUUAAGUGGUGACAUAUACCCUCCUAACAAAGGAUUUUGUGUACCUCCUCGCUGCUUACCAACUGGUUUACUUAAUGUCAGUCUCUGCAAGCCAAUGAGUAAGAUCUAAUUAACAGUAACAACAAUAACAAGCUUCAUUUAUAUGACCAUACAAGUACAUACUACAGUAUUGCAAAAGCUAUUUUAAGAACCAAAAUAUCAUCACAGGGCAAUUAAGUUACGUCAGUAAUAAUUUGUCACGAAGAUCAAAGCAAGCAUAAAUUAAUUCUAUAAUGAUAAAGUAAUUAGAGGAGUUCAUCAGUUCAUUGAUCAAAACGUUUACAGGUAACUGGGUAAUAUUUGAAAUCAAAGUCUUUACUUUAUUGCAAAAAUUAUUCCUUAUACUCAAUGCGGAAUCUCGCUAACAUUUGCAAUCCGGAAUUACUCUAAAUCUAAUACCUGGACUCCGGAAUCCACAAAGUGCAAUCCUGAGUCCAAGACUGUCUUGGAUUACCUUCCACUGGGUAAUACGGCAGAAAACGGUCGCUUCCCACAAGUGUGGUCAGGGGCAUAUUCACAUGCAUCGAAGGAAGGUGUACGAGUCACGACCACUCAGAUCAAAGGCACCGAUGAAUCCUUGCCCAGUGUCCAAACGAAUUAAUGAAUUCAAGGGAUUUAGCAUUUCCUUCCUUCCUUAAGUGCAUUUGAUCAUACAUGUGUACAUAUGCGAAUUUGCGCGUUUUAAGUAAUAAAAUUAUUAUUAUUAUUAUUAUUAUUAUUAUUAUUAUUGUAAUUAUUAUGAUAAUCCUUCGACGCAUCAUCGUGUGAGUGAUCUUCUAGCUUAAAUCCUGAUCAGGAUCAUCCCAGCGGAAUCCACCCUAUAGAAUAUAUUUUACCGAUGGAACUUUAAUCAUUACCUACCGGAUAUCUUUUAGAUCCGCCAGUUGUAAUCUCACCUCCACAUUUUUAUCAAAGCCACAAAUCCUUAUUGAACACAGUUAAUGGCCUCGAUCCGGUAAAAAGUGCCCACGGGACCCAUCUCGAUGUCGAGCCGGUAAGUAAAGUUCACCCCCCCUCUGCCCCCUCCCCUUAUCUCGAGGCAGGUGGAGGGGGUGACUCCAAUAUAAUUCAGGGACGCGGAUACUUGUCGGAAAAUUAGAAUACAGCCUCAAAGCUACGGUAAAACGCGGGCAACCAAAACGAGCGCAGCCUUUAUUGAAACUGACAUAAUUUCUGCAAAACGAUUGGGGAAGCUACGUUGGGCGUUUUACAACCUACGUUGAAACCAGUCCUGCAACAAAUCAGGUUGUUUCAAGUUUUUCAAAACGAGGCUAAGUGCAAAUCCUUUCUUGUGAAAAUAAGUUGACGAGACAAAAAAUCAUUUCCAAAUCGCACUUAGCCUCGCUUUGUAUCAGAGACUUGGGGCAACUCGAAAAAGGCGUGACGCAAGAGCACGUCAGACAUAUGACGUCUUACGUCAGUUGCUGCAAAACAAGUUUGCCUUUGGCCGGUAAAACGCAAAACAUUCACUUACGUUUAUGUACAGAUUUUGUUGCUAAAAGUAGAUCGAGCUGCUCUCUCUCUUUACUUUCUGCAAAAACUGUUCGCAACUUGCAACAACCUUUAGUGAUUUGUUGCAAGACAGGUUUGACUCGUGGGUGGUCUGAAACGAGCAAUAUCGCUAUUUAAAUUUGUUUUGCAGUAAUGUUAUAAAACAAGUUGCACGUUAUUGUUGCCCGUUUAACUCCUUUCUUAUACAGAAAACCGGUCUUUGACCUCAAAAUUUAUUAAACUUACUCCAAAACAGUAUGACGAUGACUGUUCGCCUUUUUAAGCAGAUAUUUCUUUAUGCACAAUAGGCCCUUUACAGCUAGCCUGCGUAGCUGGCGGUAUUGUGUAGUAGUCGAGUGAGAUUUGGCGGCGGAGCCGUCACGAGCGGCGAAGCCGCGAGAAAUAAAUAAAUAAAUAUUUCAACCGCCUCGUCCCUACUCCCUUUUUUUGGAACACGGCUCCGCCGCCAAAACUUUAAUCUCGCACCCACACAAUACCGCCAGCUACGCAGGCUACUUUACAGCUAGCCAUAACCGCCAUGCUGGAGAGCAGACGUCACGCUGGGAUAAGACAAAUAAAGGAAAUAAAUUACCAUUAAAAUUUAAAUAUGCCUUUUGUUUGUCUUUUUCCCAGUGCAACUUUUGCUCUCGAAGGUUUUGCACCACGUAAAAGGUUAACUGCAAAGAGCCUAUUAAACCCAAAGCAAGAGACAAAACAAUGGCUUUCCAUUCAAAAGAGUAGGGAAGUCUUCCCGGUGGUGAGCAUGCAGUCUACGUCUACGUGUCUUAUCACUUCAACUAUCACACAUAUCAUAUAGUAAGCACAUAAAUGAGUAAGUGGACCGAUGCCGGCAGCCAGUAGCGCAUUAAAUUGUAUGCUUACGUCCAAACUUAUAACUGCUACGUACAUAAUUUUACAGUUAAGGACAUGUACGUGCUGUUCUCCUCUCCUCCGCCGGCGGCACUGACCACUCCAGAAAUACCAUUACAUACCCUAAUGCUCUCUUUGUUUGUCACCCCAAAAUUUUGCAUAAGCAUUGUUUUCAGUUUUUCUUGGGAGUUAAAAUGGCCCUAAGAGAAACUGAAAACAAUGCUUAUGCAAAACUUUGGGGUGACAAACAAAGAGCAUUAUGGUAUGUUAUGGUAUUUUCUGGAGUGGUCAAUUACACUGCAGAUGGAGUGGCUGACUGAUUUUUUAUCUUCUUACAAACAGAUAACAGGGAUUGUUAUGCAAGCUGCUAAAAGAGUCCAGCUCAACGUGGCCUUGGAAUCCGUAAAUACCACAAGGUAAGUCUCACUAAGGCUAUGUUCACGCCAUACCGGGUAGCUUUUCUUGCCAACACGAGUUGUGUCCUCAAUGGCUGUGCCCUGGGGCCCCAUUUCUCGAAAGGCCCGGUAACUUUUCGCGCCCGAAGGGAAAUGUUAAAAUUAAAACCUGGGAUAUUAGCACAGCUCAUGACUCACAAACCUGUCAAUUUUGCUUCGUUAACCGUUAGUUUCAGAGUAUCGUUUUCAAAAUUAUUCAAACUUUGAUCUUGAAUGCAAAGAUUACAGACAUAGAACAGCUUUCCGGGUCCGAAAAGGUACCGGGCCCUUUCGAGAUACGGGACUUUGGCCUUUGAGAAGACGCCAAGCUGGAAGUGACUUUUGUUUUGUUACAAUCCUUCCUUUUUUAUGUGCAAAUCAUGGUUAACUUCUCAAUGCUUACAAGUAAUCGAUCAUGAUCAUUUACAUGUGAAAAACAGUCAUCUCCACCCUCGCUUCUGUGCAAAGGUUAGGACACUGAGCACACAAGUGUGAAAUGACCUGUUGGAUGAUGCCUUGCAAACAAAUGCCAGCAAAGACAUACCAUAUAUCAUGUCUGGCAAUCAACUUUUAUUUCUUUCUUCACAGGCAAACAACUGGGAAGUUUAAACCAGUUUUUCUUCCGGUUAUGUUUGCUGCUGAGGUGGGUGACUGUUGUAAUAAGUUAAUCUUGUAAGUAACCAGCGAAAACAGCCGACAUGCAUGUCGAGGCACCAGCAAUGUUUUCCCCGAGAAAUUACGUUUUAGCAACGAACGUAAAAACUCCAAACUGAUGACGUGUGACUCGUCAGAUCUGAGUAUUGCUCCUGAAUUUCCGUCGAGGCAGGACCAAUCAGAAGCACUACUGAGUUCUGGGUAGUGACACGUCAUCAUUAUGCAAUUUCUGCGUUUGUUCCUCUGACCUCAUUUCGCGGGGAAACCAGUGAGGGCGUGGCGAAAUGUCUUAGAACAAAAUGACAGUUAUUUCAUCUUUGAAAGGCAAGUUGAUGAGUUCGUAUGCAAGUAAAAAUUACGCGACGGUGUAAAUCCACCUAAGGAGGUUGUUUAAGAAUAAAAUACUGGGGAUUCGGUUCUGCUGUUCGCCAAGGUGUAGGCGGUAACAUAAUCCGGACUUUAUAGACUGGUAGCAGUCUCUCUUUUUUUGCAGAUUUAGUGAGCUGCGAGACGCGCGUUCAUUUUUGUGUCUCGCGCGUUUUGCUCGACGGAGUAAGAAAAAAGAGCAAAUGCUUGUAGUCCAGGAAUUUAAAUAUACGGAUAAAUUUCGACGGGGCCUUAAUAUAACGGGGGUGACUAAAUUGGUGCAAGCGGGAUUCACCUGUGACCCUGAACUUGCCCCAUUUAACUCGCUGCCCUGGAGUAAGUAACACACUCUCGUGUAUUCAUUCUACAGAGUGCACUCAUCACUGACAAGAAAGCUGAGGAGUUCCGCAUCAAGGUGUACGGUGCUAUCCAGCUAUUAGAUAUUGGACAAUAUGCUUUGCUCGGUAUUGGAAUCAUGUGCAUUCUUUUGGCUGCAGUUGUAUUUGUCUAUCAUAAAAAGGUA